AGGCAGAACCAGUGGAUGAAAGUUCAGUGAAGAAAAUGAUCCUGACCUUUGAGAAACGGUCGUACAAAAAUCAGGAACUGAGGAUUAAGUUUCCGGACAACCCAGAAAAGUUCAUGGAGUCGGAGCUGGAUCUAAACGACAUCAUCCAGGAGAUGCACGUGAUCGCCACGAUGCCAGACCUCUACCACCUGCUGGUGGAGCUGAACGCCGUCCACUCUCUGCUGGGCCUCCUCAGUCAUGAGAACACGGAUGUUGCCAUAGCAGUCGUUGACCUGCUGCAGGAGCUGACAGAUAUCGACACACUCCAUGAGAGCGAGGAGGGUGCUGAGGUGCUCAUAGAUGCUCUGGUGAGUUCAGGAUUUACAUCAUUCUUUGAUG